AUGGCUCAAGCUUUGACGACUACAGACCUGCAGGGCGCCUUGCCUCUGAUCGCCCGAGGCAAGGUUCGCGAUCUCUACGAGAUCGACGACAAGACCCUUCUCUUCGUUGCCAGUGAUCGCAUCUCCGCCUACGAUGUGAUCAUGGAGAAUGGUAUCCCCAACAAGGGUGUCCUCCUCACCCUUUGCACGCAAACAUGGUUCAAAGCUCUGACCGAAGCCAACCCCGCCCUGCGCACCCAUUUCAUCACCCUCGAUCUCCCUCCCCAGAUCCCCGAGUCCCUGCGCCCGGUCCUGCAGAACCGCAGCAUGCAAGUGCGCAAGCUGCGCAUCCUCCCUAUCGAGGCAAUCGUGCGCGGCUACAUCACCGGCUCCGCCUGGAACGAAUACAAGAAGGCAGGCACCGUGCACGGCAUCCAGGUCCCCGCCGGUCUGCAGGAGAGCCAGGCCUUCCCCGAUGGCCCCAUCUACACCCCCAGCACUAAGGCCGAGCAGGGCGAGCAUGAUGAGAACAUCCACCCAGACCAGGCCGUCGCUAUCCUGGGUGAGAAGUAUGCUGGCAUCGUUGCCAAGAUGGCCGUCGAGCUCUACAAGACUGCUCACGCCUACGCCCUUGAGCGCGGCGUGAUCAUCGCCGAUACCAAGUUCGAGUUCGGAGUGGACGAGGAGACGGGCGAGGUCGUCCUCGCUGAUGAGGUCUUGACGCCCGACUCCUCUCGCUUCUGGCCUAAGGACACUUACGCCAUCGGUCGCGGUCAGUCUAGCUUUGACAAGCAGUUCUUGCGCGAUUGGUUGGUGAGCGAGGGUCUCAAGGGUAAGGAGGGUGUGCGUAUGCCUGAUGACAUUGCCUUGAAGACGGCCGAGAAGUACCAGGAGGCCUGGGAGAAGAUCACUGGCGGUAAAUCCAACUAG